UGACGCCGGAGCCGCGUGCCCCGCUGGUGGGAUGAGAGAGAGACCGCAGCGGGACUGACUGACUGGAGGAGGAGGAGGUGGAGUCUGUCCCAGCCUGCAUCUGGCCCGCUCCCCUCUCUGUCACCACGGGCCAAACCCGCCCAGCUCCUCUCACUCACUCUCCGCCUGUUCUCCCGCACGGCUCGGCUCGGCUCGGACACACGCAGCACUCACUCACAACACACAGCGAGGACACGGAAUGGAGACGGAAGGGAGCCAGAGCAGCCUGUCCACCACGGACUCCCCUCACGAUCCCUGCAAAAUGUUCAUAGGUGGACUCAGCUGGCAAACAACACAAGAGGGCUUGAAGGAGUACUUCUGCAAGUACGGCGAGGUGAAGGAGUGUAUGGUGAUGCGAGAUCCGGUUACUAAGCGCUCGAGAGGAUUUGGAUUCGUCACCUUUGUUGAUCAGGCCGGCGUGGAUAAAGUUUUGGCCCAAACCAGACACGAAUUGGACUCAAAAACAAUCGACCCAAAGGUUGCAUUCCCUCGCAGAGCUCAGCCCAAGUUAGUGACACGAACCAAGAAGAUCUUUGUGGGAGGCCUGUCAGUGAACACAACCAUCGAAGACGUGAAACAGUACUUCGACCAGUUUGGGAAGGUCGACGAUGCCAUGCUCAUGUUUGACAAGACCACCAACAGACACAGAGGGUUUGGCUUUGUGACGUUUGAGAACGAGGACGUGGUGGAGAAAGUCUGCGAGAUCCACUUCCACGAGAUCAACAACAAAAUGGUGGAGUGUAAGAAAGCUCAGCCCAAGGAGGUGAUGUCCCCCACAGGCUCAGCCAGGGGGCGCUCUCGCGUGAUGCCCUAUGGGAUGGACGCCUUCAUGCUGGGCAUUGGUAUGCUAGGUUACCCAGGCUUCCAGACAGCCACCUACACCAGUCGGAGCUAUGCUGGCAUCACUCCUGGAUAUACCUACCAGUUCCCUGAGUUCCACUUAGAGAGGACUCCCCUUCUGACUUCACCCCACCCCCCUGAGCUCACAGCCAUUCCUCUGACAGCAUAUGGACCAAUGGCAGCAGCAGCAGCGGCAGCAGCAGUAGUUAGAGGCUCCAACCAGUCUCGCACAGCUGGGUUCUUGGGUACGAGCAGCCCGGGCCCGAUGGCGGACCUUUAUGGGACAGCCGCUCAGGAGUCGGCUGUCAGCAGUUACCUCAGCGCUGCAAGCCCCGCCCCAAGCACUGGAUUCAGCCACAGUCUGGGGGGCCCUUUGAUCGCCACGGCCUUCACUAACGGCUAUCACUGAGAGCUGCAGAGCUGUAGACUGCGAGAUGGAAGGAGUUGAAGCUGCUUCGGAGCUGAUCUGGCCUGUCUCUGUCCAGUCCACCUCUCUGGCCGUGGCAACUGAACACCCCCCUCCCCCCCUCCAAACCCCACCCUGGUGUCAGCCUGAACCCAGCCCACCCUACUGACGCCUCCCUUAACUCCACCUCCUGAGUAAAAAAAGAAAAGAAGAAAAGGUUCAUAAAAGGAGCGAAAAAGUUUAUCACUACAUGUAAUAGCAACACAUACAGAUGAUGUUGUAUUUUUUAGUGUUUUUGUUUCUUCUUCUGUCAUUUCAACUUCCUGUUUUUUUUUUUUUUGUGAUGGCUGCAUUGUUUCUUUAUCUGUUUUGGCUGUGUUUUAUUGAUCUCUGAACCUGAUCUCUCUGAGAGAAGAGGAGAAAAAUCUCCAGGUGAAGCUUGUUUGAAAGGUCAGGAGCUGUUACUGGAAAACUGUAUAUGUCACUAGUUCAUACUGAAUUUUAACAAACCAUUUGUGAUUAAUACUAUUUCUUGAAAAUGUGUCACAAAGUGUAUAUCUUGGUAGGUUUUUAACAAAGACUUGUAACACUAAUAAUGGUCUGACGACAAGGGGCAUUAGUCACAGUUACAUAAUAGGCCUACAUGAGCUGUACAAUUUUGUAAAAUAUUGUAAAUAUGACUCUGGUUUCGGGGAGCGGCGGGGCUCAGCUGAUGUUUGUGUGCGGGAGGUGGGAGGCUUUUGGAGAAAUAAUACGAUUGCUUCUUUCAUCAAUCCGUAUGUGUUGGAAAGUUUUGACUGUUACGUAUCAUAUUUUCACAUGGAGGUCGAGAACAUUUCAGUAUGUACAUGCUGUAUUCCUCUCCAGGCAUUUUUAUAAAGGACGUGUCAUUUUGAUUCUGUUACUGCAUUUAAAAAAAACAAAAAACGAGUUGAAACGCUUUGCGUUGCGCAGGACAGAGGCUGAGGCUGGAACACUUUACCUUUUGGGGAUUCAUGGGUGUGAAAAUGCUCCUCUAUCAGGAGAGGAAGAAAAGAA